UUGAUUGAUACAAUUAAUUUUUCUUUCUGGACUGAAGAUGAGACAAAAUUUCGAGUAACAUAUAAAGGUACCACAUAUACAGGUUAUUUUGCGGCUUGUGCUUGUGUUAAUCGGGCAAUUGAAUCUGGUAUCAAUUUAACGGAUGCCAAGUGCAUGAAAAAUAUUACCACGAAAGAUGUCGAAGAAAUUUUUACUGGUGAUGAUGGUCAAAUAAUGCCACUCUGUGACUUACGUGCAAAAGCUAUCGCUGAAGCUGGAAGAAUACUUCUUGAACAAUUUGAUGGCUCGUUUUAUACGUGUCUGAAGAUGUGCGACAGAAGUGCCAUGAAACUUUUGGCAAUAGUUGUAGAAAAUUUUGAUAGCUACCGAGACUAUGCUACGUUCAAAGGGAAGAAAAUUUCUUUCCUUAAAAGAGCUCAAAUUUUGGUAGCUGAUUUGCAUGGAUGCUUACACGACAAAAACGACCUCGGAAAUUUUAGCGAUAUAGCCGAUUUGACUAUGUUUGCGGAUUAUCGCGUUCCACAAAUACUGGCAUUCUUCUCAGUGCUGAAGUAUUCUCCAAAACUGGAGGAAACAUUGAGGUCAAAGGUACUUCUUCAACCAGGCAGUGAAACUGAAGUGGAAAUACGAGCAUUUUCGAUUUGUGACCUUGUAAAAAGGUAUGAAGAAUUACGUACAAAAUCAGACAGGAAAGUGCCAAGACUAACAGCUGUUUUGGCCGACAAUUUACUAUGGUAUCGUCGGAGAGAGAUUGCUCAGGAUAUUCAGAAAAAGGUUGAGUACCAUCGUGUUAGGACGAUUUACUAUUAG